AUGGCCCAAAGUGUGCGACCAAGAGUGUGUGUUCAUUUAUUUGUCUUUGCAGUCUUUCUUUCCUGGAGGCCAAACUUUGUGCCAACUCGAUCUCCAAGGGUUGCGCGAGCUGCAGAAACACAGACCAAGGGCGCUAAGUCUGAGAAGUCGAAUUCUGCUCGUUCGACAGCAGACUUUGAAGAAGUGAAACCCGGCAGCUCGGGCGAGGGCAUGAAGAGAGCUCGGCAGUUCUUGGCCUUGGAACCCUUAGAUGAUGAGGUGAAUCAGUGGGAAGCGGACAUGAAGGCACGUCAGGGCACGUCAGGGCGGCCACAAUUCUCUUGUCUGAUAGGCUGGAGGCGGCUUGACGGCUGA